AUGAAAGUACAAGAAGACCCAACAAUCUUCAUAACUGAUGCCAAUGACAACAGUCCAGUGUUCCAGGGUAUUCCUUAUGAAGUGGAUGUCGAUGAGAAUGACAUGACCCAAACCAGCAUAUUCAGAGUGACGGCAACUGAUGCAGACCAAGGGAUAGGUGGAACUGUGUCCUACUUUCUAGAGGCUGGAGAUGAAACAAAGUUUGAGGUUGACAGACCGACAGGAAUUGUCAACUUAAAGGAAGAGCUGGACUACGAGUCAUCAUCUGUUUAUCAGCUCCGAAUCAGAGCUCAGGAUGGAGGAGGCAGCUUAAAUGGAAGCCAAGUUUUCCAGAGCAGCACCACUGUCCUGAUAGUGAAUGUUGUUGAUGGGGAUGAUCAGCCUCCUCUGUUCCUGUAUUUCUCAAUCCAAGUCGAUAAAAACACUCCACUGGGUACAUCUAUCAUAACUAUCAAUGCCAGAGAUGGAGACUAUGGCAUCAAUAAUCCAAUUGUUUAUUCCGCUGAAGGAGAUGAUGGCACCUUCUCCAUUGAUUCCACCACUGGAGUGAUCAGUCUUGCUAAGACUCUGGACAUAGGCGUCUACAGUUUUGAUGUGCAGGCCAGAGAAAACAGCAGUGUUACCAGAUCCACCAACACCAGUGUGCGUAUCACUGUGGUAGAUGUGAAUGGCACAUCAGCAGGUAUGCCCUUGGGAGGUUUGCAGGACUAA